AUGACGACAUUCUACGGAGCAGGGAACGGCGGAUUCGAUGCCUCCGCCUCGCAGUUUGCGGGCGGUGGCUUCAUGCCCAGCAAGAACCAGACGCUGCGCGCCUUCACCAUCAAGCAGCUGUACGAUGCAGCCUCCGCCACCGCCGACGACCAGCUGUCGGUGGAUGGCCGGGAUGUGACCAACGUCACCCUGGUGGGCAAGAUCACGGCCGUGGAGGAGCAGAACCUGGUCAGCAUCUACACACUGGACGAUGGCACGGGGACCAUGCUGACCAAGUACUGGAUCCCAGAACAAGACGACGCCCUGGAGCGCCAGCACCGCGCCGAGUGGCGGGUGGGGGUGUAUGUGCGUGCGCACGGCCACGUCAACCACUUCAACCGCGAGAAGAUGCUGGUCGCCUUCAACAUCCGCCUGAUCACCGACCACAAUGAGGUCACCUACCAUGGCCUGCAGACCAUCUUCCAGCACCUCCACCUGACCCUGGCUGGGCUGACCCCGGUCCUGAACGACGUCCUGGGCCUCUUCCAUGCCAUAGGCGGGCAGAACGAGAACGGCGCCAGCAUCUCAGAUGUGGUGGCGCGGAGUGGCGGGCGCUACACCGUGCAGCAGAUCCAAGACGCGGUGGAAGCCCUGCAGAACGACGGGCAGCUGUACUCCACCAAGGAUGACCAGCACUACAAGCCCUGCAACGCCCUCUGA